CUAUCGCACGCGGUCAUUAGAAAUACAGCCUUCGCCGAACACAGGCGUACAUGCCAAGAGAUGUUACUUACUUUUUCAGUAUUAAGUGACUACGAAAUAAGUGUCUAUUCGUAUAUAGUAUCUAUGGACAUUAUUUGGUGAUAAAUUUAAAAAAGUUUUUUUUUUGGUAUUUUAUGGCCAGUAUUAAGUGAAUUUAAAAAUAAACUGAAAUCUUACUGUGAUAUUUAGUGGCAUUAAGUGAGAUUUAUUUAUUUAAGUGUACUCGAAUUUGACAAUUGUUAAUUUUUGACUUCAAAAUGAAGGACCUAGUGCAAUUGUGGAAUCGCGUGUCCGACAGGAGGUAUUCGGCGGUUAAUGUAAACGAAGUGAAUGACUUGCCGAACAAAAAGUGUGAUGGGAAGCUAGAAAACUUCGAUUGCGAAUUGAAUUUUGAAGAAAUUGAUUUCAAUGAAAGGAAACAUGCCAUUAUCAACAAAUUGUUUGAAAAGCGGAGGAAAGGACAGUACGGGAGACAACCUAAAUGUCUGUUCAUACUACUAAUGCUGGGUUUCUUCUCUCUAGCAGCUGGCUGUUUCAUCUUAUUUUUGAGGCCAUACGAUUUCUUCUUUAACCAGAAAGCGGUAUUCCAAGACCAAGGCGAGAUUUUCGAAAUGUGGCGGAAACCGGAAGUGGAAUUGUAUACUAAGGUGUAUCUUUUCAACAUCACCAACGCUGAAGCGUAUAUGGCAGGCACUGAAGACAUCAUCAAGGUUAAGGAAGUUGGCCCUUAUGUCUACAGAGAGGCGCUGGAACACAAAAUAGUGAAUUUCAAUGAAAACGGAACCCUCUCUGCCAUCCCUUUCCAUCCACUAACUUGGGUGGAAGAGCUUUCAGAAGGAAACAAAGAAGAUGACAUGUUAUUCCUACCCAACAUCGCUUUGUUGAGCAUAGCGAACGUGGUGUCCACAAAGGAUUUCAUGACACGCUUCGGGCUGAACAACCUGAUCACCGUCACCAACAGCCAGCCUCUAGCCAGGAUGACUGCGAGAGAGUUCAUGAUGGGCUACCAGUCUCCCCUGAUGACCCUCGGCAACACCUUCCUUCCAGGCUGGAUCUAUUUUGAUAAACUGGGACUUAUUGACCGGAUGUACGACUUCAACGGAGAUUUCGAGACCGUCUUCACCGGCGAAACUGACGUCACGAUCUCCGGCCUCAUCGAUACCUACCGAGGUUCCACCGACCUCCCACAAUGGGAGGGCAAGCACUGCUCCAACGUCCAGUACGCCUCCGACGGCACCAAGUUCAAAAGUGGCGUGGGCAAGAAUGAGUCCAUUCUGUUUUAUAGGAAGAGUUUGUGCCGCGCUGCGCCUUUGAUUCCAGUGGAAGAAGGAGUACGAAGUGGUAUCAGAGGCUACAAAUAUAUAUUCCCCGAGCAUAUGUUGGACAACGGAAAAUAUUUAGAAGACAACAAAUGCUUCUGCAGGAAAGGGAGAUGUCUACCAGAUGGCUUGAUUGACGUCACAGAUUGCUAUUACGGAUUCCCCAUCGCACUUUCGUAUCCCCAUUUCUACCAGGGGGACCAAGUUCUGUUUAGCAAAGUCCAGGGAUUGCAUCCGAUUAAGGAACAACAUGAAACUAGGUUUUGGAUCCAACCAGAAUCAGGUCUUCCACUAGACGUGAGCUCUAAGUUCCAGAUCAACAUGGCUCUUGGUGAUAUUACUAACAUCAAUAAUGCUGAGAGAUUUGCAAACAUGUACCUGCCAAUGCUCUGGUUUGAUAUUAGAAUGUAUACACUACCGCCAUCUCUGGAGCAGCGUUUCAAACUCUACCUCAACGUGCUACCAAUCGUUGAACAAGUGGCCAUGUACCUUUUGUUCGUCACUGGCGCUUGUCUCAUCUUCCUCACCGUCUACAUCCUGACCUUCAAGGUCAUGUUCAAGUCCCUGGAUAAAAACAACUUCCCCAAUGACCCCUGGAGCGAAAAACCAAAUGGAAUCUACGCCCCUUGCGAAGCACCUUUAGAUGAAAAAAUUUUAAAACUCAAUCACAAAAUAAAUGGAAUCUACGAUACUAUAAUCAGAGAUGAAAUGAAAAAUAAUAGAAAUUCAAACGAUCUAGACAAAUACAUGGCUGUGAAUCAGUCCGAUAGUGAUGAAGACUGCAAGUAUCUUGAAGUUGUUGAUGAUGGCAGUGAAUUUGAUGAUGUAAAGCCGCAGCCGUCGAAGGUAAAAGAUUUAAGUGAGAAGAAGGGUUCGGUGCAUUUGGCCGAUUGAGUUUUGGGUGUAAUUGGUUGAGCCAAUUCUCGCCCUAGGCUGAAUAAUCGAUUGUGUCCUUUAACAAUUGUAAUAUUGGGACGUAAAAUCGAUUGUGAUUUUUAUGAUCAUGUAGUUCCGAUUGAUUUUUGGUAAUUGUUUUGUCAGAUAAUUUUCUAAUCAUGGAAAUUUAAAAUAACAUAUAUUGUAUGAAUCAUAUUUUUUAGAUCACUAAAAAAUAAUCGAAUUUAUUAUACAAAGUAAAGCAAUUACUAUACGUCCUACUCGAAUAAAUGUACGAACUCGAUGAUUUGACUGACAUUUGCUCAAAUAGAAAUGUGAUACCACGCAUUUUCAGUGAAGUUUGCAAUUUACUUUCAACAAGUGCCUCAAACUGUGUAAAUUCAAUUUUAUUGAUAGACAACUAAAAUUGUAUUAAUUUAUAUUAUAAUAAUUAAACUUUAAUGUAUAUAUCAAAAUAGUAGCGCCAUCUUUGAAUUAGAAUUAAGCAUUACUAAAACAUUUAGAGCUCGGUCCGAAUUAUUAAUAUAUAUUAUACAAAAUGUCAUCAUAUCAUUUUAGUAAGCGCGCGUUACAAACGCACGAAAUACAAUUCCAGCAAAAAAAACCACUGCACAAUUUUUUGUCGCAGGCUACCGAUCACACAUCAACAUAUAUUGUAUUUCUUACUCCACAGAUCUCUAUAGCAUUUCCUUCUUUUUAUUUAUUUAUUAGUUAUAGGUACCGUGAAAUAUGUUCCGAUCACGUAGUUUGAUAAUAAAAUAAACAAUGAAACAUAAAAUACUUCUAAAAAUUUAGGCUGUAUGUAAUCGCCUCCGUGAUUUAUUAACAGCGAAUCCAAAUUCUCUAUAUAACAAGGUUAAAAAAGUGUUACAGUAACUCCACAUUAGUUUGGGGAAAGGGCAAAUAGAAAAAAAUGUUGUUUCGUAUGAAGUUUAAACGUCAUUCCCAUUUCAAAGAUUUGUUUUCUUUAAAAGUUGUACUAAAUAACGUUGGUUAGUAAAUUUAUAUCUGCUAUUUGCAAGCUCUUGCCAAUCGUCUUGCCUUUUAUGAGGAGUUAAAUAACUCGUACAAAAGAUAUUCAAAUAAUUUGUGUUAUUAAAAUAUUUCACGACAUUCUUUAGCGUACUAAUACGGGUUCUGGUCUUGGCAAGUAUUCAUGUUUCAAUAUAGUUCCAGUGACUGAUGCCGCAGUUAAAUGAAAUCAAAGUUGCAUUUCCCAUUAAUAUUUUUUGGUUCGGUGCCGGCGGUUAAUGACUUCCAUGUCCAAUAAAUAUUUUGAUACAUUUUGACAAUAUUAAUAGGCUUCAAAAAUUCGGGACCAAAAUCUAGCCAUACAAAUUAGCGUAAUACAAUUAGUGAUAAUUAAAUUUUGUAACUACAUUUUCGUAGUAAUUAAUUAGUGUUAAGCUGAAACUUAAUUUAUUUUUUAGUUACAUCAAAAAUUAAAUUUCAGCUUCUGUGGGUCCAAAAGUCCAUGUAAUUUUAAUUAUAAGAGAAGCAUUGUUUAUGAAAUAAUUAUUAAAAACAGCUGCAAUUAUUUACAUAGGAAUGGACCGCAACGAAUUUUAUUGUGAUAAUUUAGACUAUAUCUAUUAUAUAAGCUACGUUUCCAUUAGUUUAAGAAUCGUCGAAAAUGGCGUUUUGACGCCACGAUUUAUUUAUAUUUUUGAGGUAAAAUAUACUAGCAACCUUAGGAGAGACAUUAUUAACUAUUAAUUUUCUGAUAGAGUCCAAAUAGGCUCAUUCUUUAUUAAUUUAAUCUUCCAGGUCAAUGCUGAGUAUAAAGCAUUUAAUCAUACAAAGAAAUAUACAUCAACGGUUAAUAAAACGCGGCGUGAAAACGCUUGUUUUUAAAUAACCUCAGAUAACUUUUAAGUAUUGUUUACGUUCGGUACUUGGAAUAUAAAUGUAAGCAUUUUUUAAUAAUUGAAUAUAAAAUGAAGAAUUA